UGCCGAUGUUUUAAGUGCGUAAAAUGUGGCAUUACAAGUACCUCUUAUGGAUAGAGAUCGGAUAAUAUUUCCAAAAUAAAACUUUGUGUACAGUGAUAUUUAAUUAAACUCAGUACACAUAUUAACUAUGGUUCCAACUUUUGCGCAUAAAACUAAACGUUGCUUAUUUUAAACCACUGCCAAAGUCUUUUAGAAAACACAACAUUGUGAUUUACUAUAACAAUAAACGAUAGCAAAGAUUAAGCUAGCCUUGAAAGCUUUAAUGGGAAUUAAAGAUCAUCUGUAAUCGAGUAUCACAUCAUAUAUACAAGAUCCAUAUUGUGUCUCGUGUGAAGCUUCUUUUUUUUUCUAGACCAGCAUCUCACUAGACAGAAACAAGCGCAUCGCCUCACUAAACCGAGGUCAAAGCAAAGCUCACAAAAUGUUUUGGUUUUCUUUUCCUACCAGGACCUCGAGCAUUUGACCAGCAAAACAGGGAAAUUAGUGAAUGGCUGGCAUAAUGAUAAAUACAAGCAAUAAACAGAUAUAUUAAGAUUCCCAGAGUGGUAGUUUAGAACCAGCAGCAUCCUGAAGGCUGCAUGUUUGUUGCCCCCAGACAAACUUAUGGAAAUCGUCUCUUAAUGUUUACCUUCUCCAAGAAAAAAAAUGACCCUAGUCCAUAAAAUCGGAGUAUUAUUAGCCUGGCAUACAUCCGUGGCACUUUGCCAUCCACGUGUAUUUAAUUAACUAUUACAAUGAAUACACAAAGAAAUGCAAGCACACUGAAGGAUGAGGGAGAGAGGGAGAGGGUGAAGGACACGCUGCCUGGAAGCUGAUUGGCCACUAGACGAGCGCUGUUGAUUCAGGCGUCCACGGUGCAAAAAACAGAUAAGAUAAAGGCCAUAUAAAGUGACAAGAGAUGCGCAUCCAUCCCUCACUGUCACCUGCACAUAUACGCGGUCUGCUGCCUCCAGCUACAAGAGCGGACUACCUCUUUAUCCCAGCUUCGCCUGUCAGGAGUAGGCCUACAAACGAUGUAUCCUAAAGUAAUCUGCGUCCCCGACGCCCUGCGCAGGUUUUCUCCAACACUGCGUAACCGAGUGAACGAGGCCGAUGACACUUCAGGAGACUCACGAGGACAACUCACGCGAAAACCAGCAACUGUUACUCGAGGAGACGUGUCCUCAGUGAAAAACCCCAAACACAGAUGUGAGCAGUCCGGGCAGCGGGGCAGGCGAAGGAUGAAGGCGAACGACAGAGAGCGCCACCGCAUGCAUAAUCUGAACUCCGCCCUGGACGCGCUGAGGAGCAUCCUGCCGGCUUUGCCAGAAGACGCGAAACUAACAAAGAUCGAGACUCUGCGAUUUGCCCGCAACUACAUCUGGGCUCUGACCGAGACUCUCCGGAUGGCAGACCAACACGCACACACUCAGGACUAUCUGGCAUCAGAUCUGAGCAGCCCAGCAAGCGUUUUAUCUGCCGAAUGGGACUCAGCAUCAUCUUCAGAAUGUGGUUAUGGGACCAAUGCUGACUUUAGCCACAGAAACUCUCUCACCGCUGUUAAUGAGAUGAGCUGCAGAAUCUUCCCAGGAGACGAAUCCAGCGCCAUCCCCGUUACCUUUUGUUUCAAGUCCCUGUGUGCUGACAAUGACCUCACGAGUAUGUGGCACUUUUGACUCUCUAUAUCUAUCUCACAUAAAGAAGACAUUUGGGUGCAAGCAGCAGUUCCCCAUCAGCUUUAGCGAGGUUACUCUUAAGACCAGGUCCAAAGACAUUACAGUUUCCCGUGUUUAUUCUUCAAAAGCACUUAAACUAAGUUUAAAAAAAAGAAACUUUCUGAAGCCACAACUGUAAUUCAAAUAAUUCUUUGUGUUUGAAAGUACUUUAAUGAUCAUGUCGCACCCCUACAAUCAUAGUGUCACUUAAAGAAAAAAAACCAAAAAAACACCAAAGCAUCAAGGGACAAUCAAUAAACCAGGACAACAGGAGAGAAAUUGUUCAAGCUAAAAAAUAUUUAUUCGGCAAUUAUAUUCAAAUGUAUUUUGCAUUAUUUUGCUGUAUAAAACAAUGUUUAUUUAUUUAAUAAAAACUGUAGAAAACAUUUUUUUUCCUUUAACAGGGAUGGGAAUAUUCUGGCUUUCUUUUGCUUCCAUGAUUCAAAAGACGCUGAAAUGUACAAACAGUAUCAAAACAUAGUGGCUGUCAUUCAAAUGAUUUUAAAUGAUACGAAAAAAAGAAUGCCAUCUUACAGUAUUCACUGGUUUUUCUUUCUUAUAGGCCAAAGUUUUUGUGCAAAUCAACAUUUUCAAA